AUGGCGUGGUGGCGUCUGGAGAUGUUCGCUGGCGAGAUGGUGCUGGCGCUGGCAUUUGGCUGCUUUGAUGAGGGGGUCCUGGCAGACGCGCCCCUGGAUGCCCGCGAAUCAGGCAUGCGACGCCUGCAGGGCAUCGGGCGGCUACAGCAGCAGCUGCCACGGUGUGGCCAAAGUGACGGCGGGGGCUUAGUGGUCUCCUCGUACCAGUCCGUGCUGCUGGCAUUGUGCACAUUGCUGGCAGCCACUUCAGCGAGGAAAGCCUUGGACUGCCUGCUGAAGGAGGUUCCUUGGGCGGCGGAUGGCUCGAGGCGCCAUCGCCCGUGUGCCUUCAGCAUGGACGCAGGCCCACUGCGGCCCACCGUGGCCAGCCGAGAAGCCCAUGAGGCUGCCAGUGGUUGGACACUGGUCGCAGAAGGACUGCUGGCACUUCUUCGCCGUCAGGCCGGCACCCCACCGAGACUUCUGCUGGAGGCUGUGCGAAUUUGCCUUCGCCUGGAUCCUGGGAAUCCCUUUGCACUGCGUGUUCUUUGCAUGACUCGCCUCCGCCAAGGGCGUGUGUCGGCAAUGCGACGGGAGCUCGACGAAGUCUUGUGCCUCCACCGGCCGCAGCCUUUGGGAGCCAGCGCCGCGCAGUGGUUCGACUCCUUCCGGAUUGGCCUCGAGGCCGAACUCCUCGUGUCGCCCAGCGGUCCCCGGCCUGCAGCGCUCUGUGAGAAAGCGGCCACCACGGCGGCGGUCUCCCCAGUUGGCGGCGGGGCAGUGUGGGGAAUCUAUGCCACGAGCCUCCUGGUGAAGCUGCAAGGAACCUCCUUCGAUAGAGGUGCUGCAGAAGAGCUGUGGCGCUGCACCGUGCGUGCCGUCAGCCAUGCUCCGUUGUGCAAGGUGCUUUGGCUCCUACACUUGGCAGGCUGCGAGGCGCGAGCUGGUGGCCCUGAGCCCACGCCCGACGAGGAGGAGGUGGUGGACCUCGUGGAGGCCCUGGAGUCGAAGCAGAUCUUCCUCCAGGGCGACCCGCUGGAGGCCAUCGCCUAG